GGCGAAAAAGUCGUUAUUUUUUCGGCGUUAUGGGUGAUCAUCGGUCACAUCAAUUUUUUGUGAUCUGCCGACGCAUCGCUCACAAAAUUACCACUGAAGAAUACAAUCGGCAGGAGAAUCAGGGACUACAAGGAAACAAUCACUAACAAUCUUGAAUCAAAUUUGAAAAUGAAUACACCAUCUACUCUGCAAGAUUCUGUCGCAAAUGAAAAUGGAAUUUUUCAGCAGAGCAAAGCAUCAAAGCUUCGACGAUUGCCAUUUUCACCCCGGCAGAAUAACAUAAGAGUCGUUUCCAAAGGGUCGGUAAGUAUUUUUUUUGAAAUGCGCGCAAGCCCGAAAAUGUACGACAAAAAGGAAGGUUUUCAGGUAACACCGAUUCUUCCACUUUUUUCUUUUCUAACAUAAAACGAAAACCUCUUGAAACAAACCAUUUUCUUGCCAUCCCAAUCCAAUACAAACCAAACAACUUUUGUCACCAUUUACAAACAUGAACUGCUCAUCACCUACUCGCGUYCUGACUUGCGCUUAUACUAAUCGGCGCCGCAACCGAAUUCACCCUCUUACACAUCCGAAUAUCAUCAACAUCAACGAUACUAUGAAUACACAGACAUCGAAGCUCAAUAAGCCGAUACCAUCCCUCAAGACGAUAAAACACGGCAUUCAAAAGCUUUCUAUGAAUAAUGAAACUUCAGAAAACAUGGAUCUGCCAAUCAGAAUGCCGAAGGGAAGUACACACGAGAAAACAUCGACAAUACUGCCACACGAAGAAUCAUCAUUGUAUACGUCUAGAGAAGAGCCAUGCAACGAUGUGAAGCCUUCCAUUUUUCGCGAUAUGUCAGAUUAUGACCAUCGAGAAGAUAUGAUGCUUCUGAAAAGAGCAUCCCCUGUAUACGAUAGUGACGACGACGAAGACUACGAGGGUCUUCCCUUGAAGAAACUACGAACAUCAGGAGAAACUUGUACGCUGCAAUGGGGACAGCAGCUAGAAGAGUCAUCGGACGGGUUUAAUCUCAUGGGAUUAUUACAUUUAAAAUAGAGCCUUUACGAAUGCUCUACUGAGUUCCAUGCCAUUUGGUUUAAUGGCACAUUCCAGAAAAACCAUCUUUUCUCGAUACCGAGUUUCACUCACUUGACUACUUCAACAAAUUGAUACGAUAACAAAACUAUCGUAAUGCAAUGGAUCCAUUCUAGAGACUGAACAAAUCUUGCUCAAAAGACACAAUCAUGCUGUAUGUUCUUCCACUUGAUAGACUAGGAUACAUAUAAAUUAAAAUUGAUACU